UGUACACAUCAACAGUAACACAGUUUGAGGAGCCUCCGAAAAAGAGACCUGUAAAUGAAAUCACUGUUGAAACUCUCUCAGCAGUUGAUGAACCAGCAGCCGAGCAGCCUUUAAUCUGGCGAAAUAUUAUCGGAAUUUUUUUACUUCAUGCAUUUGCUGUUUACUCAUUGGCAACUAGAUACCACGAAGCAAAAUGGCAGACAUGGAUAUUCAGUCCUCUAUGGGGAGUAGCUGCAGGCGUGGGAAUCACUGGAGGAGCACAUCGGCUCUGGGCACACAGAAGUUACUCGGCAAAAGUACCUCUCAGAAUAUUGCUGGCAUAUCUUUACUGCAUGGCUGGGCAAACACACAUGUCCAAAUGGAUCCGUGAUCACAGGACUCAUCACCGUUACAGUGAAACUCAUGCUGAUCCUCACAAUUCACACCGCGGCUUCUUCUUCUCUCACGUAGGCUGGCUCAUGAUGCGCAGACACCCCGCAGUGAAGAAGUAUGGAAGCAAAAUAGACAUGAGUGACAUAAAAAAUGACCCAGUAAUUCAAUUUUUCGACAAAUAUUACACUCCAAUUAUGCUCUUCUCUGCCUUCGUACUGCCAACAAUAAUACCUGUUUAUUGUUGGAAUGAAAGCUGGUCUAUAAGCUUCAGAGCAGUAAUUAUUCGCUAUGUUUGGUUGUUGAAUGCAACCUUCGCCGUCAACAGCUUCGCUCACAUGUUUGGCAACCGUCCGUACAACAAAACAGCAAAGCCCACGGAGAACUCUACAGUGGCAUUUUUCACUCUCGGCGAGGGUUGGCAUUCAUACCAUCAUACGUUUCCGUGGGACUACAAGGCGGCGGAAUUGGGCGCUUACGGUCUCAAUGCAACAACAGGAUUUAUUGAUAUUAUGUCGUGGUUUGGUCUUGCUUAUGAUCUUAAGAAAGUAAACAAGGAAUUGGUCGAGCGAAUAAGUCGCAGUAAGGGUGAUGGAACUGACAGUUAUUGGGGCAACAAGCACACUCACCACUGA